CUAGCUAUUUAAUUUGACAUAUGCGUAACGUCACGCAAAAGACACAUAGGUGCAAUUUUUUUUAAACCAUAACCUUUGUUUGAGUGGUACAGUUUGAUGUGUUUGUGAGGUAAAGACGAAACAAAAAUGUAAUGUUUUGCGCAAAGCGGCAACCGUGGCGACCUUGCGUCCGGUGGAAUGAUGAUACUGUACAGUGCGUCAGAUUCUCUGAUUCACAGACUCGAUCAUGACUGUUGUGAGGACUCUUGACGUCAGAGGAGAGAAUCAUCGGUGAGGUCCAAUGGGGGGAAUAUGAAGCGAGGCAGAGCUAUCGUCCUACCAACAGUACUAGCCAUGCUAACCGACGAGCACCUCGCCUUUCUGGAGGACUUAACCCGCCAAAGAUGAUCAUUCAAGUCAACUACGUGGAAGGAAGAUAGAGAGGAGGCACGGACUGCGCUCGAGCUUGGGAGAGAAAAAGACAUUGCAGCUUCAUGGCACUGAGCUAUGAUUCACUCUCUUGCAGCAGCAAUGAGCAACCAACUUCAAAACACCUCUUCCCUCUCCACGGCGGGCACGUGGAAUCUCCUGGACGUGCGGAACUCAUCACCGGUGCAAACGGCAGAGCUGCAGCCUCUCACCGUUAGCCCGUGGGACAUUGCGCUGUGCGUGACGGGCACGCUCAUCUCCUGUGAGAACGCGAUCGUGAUCGCCAUCCUAUUUUACACGCCCACACUGAGAGCUCCCAUGUUCAUUCUGAUUGGAAGUCUUGCGUUUGCAGACCUGCUUGCCGGACUCGGCCUCAUUCUCAACUUUGUCUUCAUCUACAUGCUGAACAAUGAGUUUGUGACUCUGAUCUCUGUCGGCAUGCUGAUCGCCGCCUUCUCCGCAUCAGUGCUCAACAUCUUGGCCAUCACAGUGGAUCGCUACUUGUCCCUCUACAAUGCUCUGACAUACCACACAGAGCGCACCGUGACGUACACCUAUGUCAUGGUGGUGGUCAUUUGGCUGGUGUGCAUCGUCCUGGGCCUGCUGCCAGCGCUCGGUUGGAACUGCCUACGAGACGAGGCCAGCUGCAGUGUUUGUCGGCCAGUCACCAAGAACAACGCCGUGGCGCUCUCUGUGACGUUCUUGCUGGUGUUUGCCCUCAUGAUGCAGCUUUACCUGCAGAUCUGUAAGAUUGCCUUCCGCCACGCGCAGCAAAUCGCUGUUCAGCACCAGUUUAUGGCCAUUUCCACUACGAAAGGUGUUUCCACACUCUCAGUCAUCCUCUGCUCAUUUGCCGCAUGCUGGAUGCCCUUCGCCAUGUACUCGAUUGUGGCCGACUCCAGCUACCCGAUGAUCUACACGUAUGCAACGGUGCUGCCAGCGACAUGUAAUUCGGUCAUAAACCCAAUCAUAUAUGCUUACAGAAACCCAGACAUCCAGAAAUCCCUGUGGCUUGCCUGCUGCGGCUGUGUACCGUCCAACUUCUCCUUGCGGCCAAGGACAUCGAGCGAUGUAUAGGUUGGACUAAGUAUGAGUUAUGUCUAUCUUAUAAUCAGUUUGUACUGUGUCAGUGUUAAUGAUAUGAUGUCCUCCCAGACAAAUGUUGCUGGUUGUGCAUUAGGUGUUGAGGUUAGUGCGUCCAUGAUGUCAAGCUGCACUGUACAAUUAGAUGUCUUCAAUGCAUAGAGCAACUCUGUGCAACAGUAAUAUCAAAUUGCAUCAAAAAUAACUUCGGUAAGAGGUAACAAGAGCCCAAGUUACGCAAAUCAUCCACUUCAAAAUCAAAUAUACUUAUUUAUAUAUAAAAUUAGCAUUAACAAUGAAAAUGGUGAUGAGACCAAGCCUGAUUUGGGUGAAGAAAGCACCUUUCACAUUCAUGUUUCAUGGAGCUCUUUCAGGACCAUGGACAGCACACACUGUCUGGGUGCUGUCUUUAAAUGUUUCUUAAAUGUGGUUUACUUAAAAAUGUAUAAAGAAUGAAAAAAAAAACGAUAAAAUGAUUCUGAUGUCGGCCCCUAUCCAGUUUUACAAAAUAACAUAACUUUUUUGCUAACUAUAAGUGUAGCGCCAGAAAAAAGUCAGACGUCUGAGGAUGGCACGUCUGCUGCCAUAAAGUAGUGUAACGCAUAUUUUAUUGCAUUUUUUGCUUAUUUGUACUCACGUCCCACAUGCAAUUUGCGUGCUCCAGCGCACGUCUUUGUGCGAGACGCUGAGUUAAUAAAGGUUUGCGCACAAAAUAAGAUGUCAGCCAAGACGCUUUAAAUACGACCUCAGGCAACAUCUUUAUUGCGUUAUUGUUAUUGCGUUAUUUAGCAAAAGGCCAUUUCGGAUGCGGAGGCUUAAAUAAGACACUGCGGGACCCGUAUAGUGAAAUGAUUUGAGCGAUUAUCAGACAGAAUUAAGUGUGCAGACUGUACAAUUAGUCAGUUAGACCAGAGAUCAAUGUCAGGGUUGGCUUGUGUGUAAAGAGAUCUAGGCACAAGCCUAUUAAAAGAUCAAAUACCUAAGCCAAAAUGGGAUGGGGACAUAGGUUCAUUGAAAACUGAAAUCAUAACAGCUAAUGGCCUUCAAGUCAUUACCAGAAACAGUCAGUUUGAUUCUUUUUAAAGCUUUAUAACCAAAACACAUACAAAAUGGCGCAAACAUACAGCACUAAAAGAUACAAUGAUUAAUAGUCAUGUUUUUUUUAUAUGCAUAUAUAUAUUUGUGGAACUUGAAAUGUGACUAUAAAAAGCCUUGAGUUUUAAGGGGGAUCCAAAUGUCGCUGCUGUUAUUUGACAAGCCCUCAUUUGCGAGCAAAGAAUCUUAAUUUUGGCCUUACCUUUUCUCUUUUGCAAUAAUGAAUCAACGUGUACCGUUCAACGAUAGAGCUACAAUCACAAUGAGGCCAUCAACAGAGCUAAUUCUACUUCCUGACUUGAACAAGAUAGAACAGACUAAGUUAGCGAGACCAGGGUGUUUCUCUUUAAAGGACAAGUUCGGUAUUUUACACUUAAAGCCUUGUUUUCAGAUUGUUUAUGAUGAAAUAGAACGGUUUUGACUGAAAUUUGGACAUAUGAUGCUGGCGCGAGAAUUUUCGGGUGUUUGUUGUAUCAGCCCCCACCUCUACAAUGGGUGUAUAGGUGCACUGGAACAAUCCUUCCUAA